UUACUCACACCCUUCCAACUCUUCAAGACGGAUCUAGUAAGCCUUUCAGAGUUCAGAGGCUUUUGUUUAAGCUGCUUCUCGGGUCCCUCCCUCCUUUGAUCGUUAAGUUCCUCCCCACCUAGAUCUCGUGGUCCUUUCUUUGUCUGUCUCUGUCUCGUGCUUCUCGAUUUCUUCCAUAUUUGAACUUUGAAGAACUCCAGGGAAGAGAAGAAAAAAACGAAGAUUUUUGAAGAUAAUGCAAGGUUCUACCGAUGAAACAGAGGAAGCAGAUGAAGAAGUAGAGUUCCUUCGUUUCUUUAAUAAAUAGUUCAAUAAUGGCGGAUUCUAAGGUUACCCCAGUUGUUAUCACACUCCUACUACUUCUGGUUACUCUUUUGGCAGUAGCAGGAGAAGCAGUAGAGUUGAAGCAAAGCUUGGAUGAGGAGCCUUUUGUGGGAUUAAACAUCGGAACUGAUGUCUCUAAUUUGUUAUCGCCAGCGGACCUUGUUUCGUUUCUUCAAUUGGAGAAAAUCACCCACAUCCGCCUCUACGACGCCGACACUAAUAUCCUCCUAGCCCUUGCUCGCACCAAGAUCCGUGUCAUUGUUGGUGUACCCAAUGACGAGUUGCUUGCCAUCGGUUCAUCCAACACCACCGCCGCUGCCUGGAUCAAACGCAAUGUCGUAGCCUUCUACCCGGAAACUUUAAUCACCGGGGUCGCCGUCGGCGACGAGGUCUUAACCACUAUCCCAUCCUCAGCUCCUCUUUUGCUCCCUGCGAUUCAGUCCCUCUACAAUGCCCUAGUGGCCUCCAACCUCCACAACAAGAUCAAGAUUUCGACCCCCCAUGCCGCAUCCGUUAUACUCGACCCAUUUCCCCCAUCUCAGGCCUUCUUCAACCAAUCCCUCACCUCGGUGAUGCUACCCCUGCUUCAAUUCCUGUCGAAAAUUGGUUCUCCACUGAUGAUGAAUCUGUAUCCGUACUACGUGUUUAUGGAGAACAAAGGGGUGGUGCCCCUGGACAGUUCUUUGUUCAAGCCCUUGGCGCCGUCCAGGGAGAUGGUCGACCCCAAUACCCUGCUUCACUACACCAAUGUGCUGGACUCCAUGAUCGACGGGGUGUACUUCUCCAUGAAGAACCUGAACAUCACGGAUGUGGAGGUUCUGGUGUCGGAGACUGGGUGGCCGUCGAAGGGGGAUUCCAAGGAGCCGUACGCCACCAUCGACAAUGCAGACACCUAUAAUUCGAAUCUGAUAAAGCAUGUGUUCGACCGCGGUGGGACGCCUCUGCACCCAGAAGUAACCUCGAGCAUGUACCUAUACGAACUGUUCAACGAGGACCUGAGAGCGCCUCCGCUGUCGGAGGCGAAUUGGGGGUUGUUCUAUGGUAAUGGGUCGGCGGUGUAUCUGCUGCACGUUUCGGGAAGCGGAACCUUCUUGGCUAAUGAUACGACAAACCAGACAUACUGUGUGGCGAUGGAUAGUGUGGACUCGAAGACGUUGCAGGCGGCUUUGGAUUGGGCGUGUGGUCCUGGGAGGGCUAAUUGCUCUGAGAUACAGCCUGGGGAGGACUGUUUCGACCCCAACAAUGUGAAGAGCCACGCUUCCUAUGCCUUCGAUAGCUACUACCAGAGUCAGGGGAAGUCUUCGGGGUCUUGCAAUUUCAAGGGCGUCGCCAUGAUCACCACCACUGACCCAAGUCAUGGGAGCUGUAUUUUUCCUGGAAGUAAGAGGGUGAGCAACAAGACAAAAGCUGUAAACAGCACGAAUUCGCCGGACACAAGUGCUGCAGAGAUGUUGAGAUGGUCUUUCAUCAGAAGGGAUGAGAGGUUACUAACUUAUGUGUUGGGUUUGUUGAUUCCCUUGUUAUUUAUCAUCUUCUUCAUCUACGAGGACACCACCACAGCCACCAUGAUCAAGAGGUGAGGCAAUUAGGCUAAAAGAAAAGCUUUCCUUCCUUACAGGAAGUAUUGAUGAUGAAGAAGAAGAUGAUUAUUUUUGUGUGGAUGCACAAUGCACACCAUUGAUGUUUCCAUUGGUCCCCUUCUGAAGGGCAAAUUCUUCCAGUGUUUUAAAUGCAGAAACUGAGUGCACAAAGAAAGGGGUGAGAUGGAAAAAGGAGAGAAUGUAAUUGUUUGGUUCCUUUUUGGGUCCUUUCAUUGUUUUAGUUUAGUGAAGAAGAUGUGUAUCUACCUGUAAUAAAAGAAGUUGAUUUUUUCAAUUAUUUCAACAA